CGGCUUCAUCACGUCGUAUCUCAUUUUGCAUGGCGACAGAUACAUACAUGUAGUGCAAAAGGGUUACUAAUUGCUAAUGCUCAAUACUCGUCCACAAGAGGAGAACCAAAUAAGAUAAGAUAAGUGCAUGCAUUUUCAACAUGUUGACACAGUAUCCGGGAGAUAAAGAUAACAAAAAACUUGCAAUUUUGGUUAUUUCUCUCUCUCCAUGUAACCCAAAGUGGAAAUUGGUUUCUCUUGAGCAAAGUAAUUUCUUACGUAGGAGACAAAAGGCCUUGAUUCAAGGCCUUUAUUAGAAUAUUACGGAGUGAUAAAAAACACUGGUUGACAAACAAAUAUUUAAAAAUGUUUCCUUCUUGCAAAACAUUACUUGUCUGGGUUUAUUGUUUUGAGUGUGUCAUCCACCUAGUUGAAUCUUCCUUGUCCCCACAACCAGGUCAUAUAUAUCAAGAAGUAGAUCUCAUUCCGGGCGUGGUCAAUACGGCUUACGAAUUAAGCGUCGUCAAUGGAACACAUUCAGCCGUGCAGUUCCUCCUUUCGAGCGACGACAUUGAUUUUUCGCGCGACCAACUCCGACUUUUAGUUGAGCUCCGCGACAAAAUCUACCCGCCGGAAGUGUGCCCCUUGUUACUGACAGUAUCUCAAGGGAAGCAUGUUUCAUCUUUCGAUCUCCCGCACAACUUCACUUCUAAAGAAUCGUCCAUUCAACCAUCAACUUACCAUAUCUGGGCAAAAACUAUUUGCAUUGAUGUCGACCGGAUACCAACUGCAGAACCUUUUCGAAACAAAGUGCAGAUAUCAUUCGUUGCUUCAACAUGCUCUUCACACUCCGUUCAGUUUCGAGUAAUUCUCUAUCACUAUCGUGCCAGCUUAAGUUUGCGUCUGGACGGUGAGUCAACAAACCUUCUCGUUGCGCCAACAACGUCGACAUUUUUCCGGUAUGAUUGGAACGAAGAUGGAAACGCGGCGGACACGAUUAUCAUAAAAUUAGAAGCAGAACAAGAUCGUGAUCGUUGUGACGAGGAGAAGUGCAAUUGCAUGACGGCCAGUGUACAAAGUUUGAGUUGUCCUGUAUAUGAUGAAGUGUCCACAAUGAGACAUUCAGGGUACUGGCAAACAUUUUCUUCAACGGCUGGUAUUACCGUGGAGCGGAAAGAAUUACCUUCCGGUUUUUUUCUCAUCCUUGUCACUGAGUUUGAGGAUGCUGUCUGUAGAAAUAAAGAUGGCUACGAUUCAGACCAGCCUAGAGGCGUAGAUCCUACAGCAAUCACUCGAUAUGAUAAAAGUCUUCAGAAACAAAAACAAACUAUCCCCAGUGGACUCGCCAGAGAAAAAAGUGUGUCAAUCCGAGUGCAGAAAAUGUUGUCUUACUCGGAAUAUGUAUGGCCCACAUUUUUCCCAUUAAUUAUCUACGUCGUCGUAAUUCUAAUAACUUUCGUAGUUUACAUUUGGUUUCACAGAGAAAAUGUACGACGUUACGUGACUUCAAACAAGCGUCCCGUGGUCAAGUCGUUUCUCCGUUCGGAAAAAUACAUUUGUUCCUCCUCGCACGAAGUGGAUGGUUGGAAACGAGAAAAACUCGAGAGCAAAUCAUCCCGCUAUUUAUGGCUUCUAAUUACCGUGGCCAUUUUUUACUGCAUACCGGUUUUCCAACUAAUCAUCAAUUACCUCGGGAUCGUGUACAGGACAGGAGAACAGGACAUUUGUUACUAUAAUAAUCUAUGUUCACUUCCACUCAACAAAAUCAUGGACUUUAACCAUAUCUACUCAAACAUUGGAUACCUGAUUUUUGGUGUAUUAUUCAUCGUUUUCACUCUCAUCCGACAAAGGACAAUGGAGGGGAGGCGAGGCUUCUUUGUUUUUCAGAUUAAACCAGUGUGUUGUUCUUUAUUAGAUACGCUGCCCAGGAGGGUGGAGUACGGUACUUUUGAUCAAUACGGCAUAUUUUAUUCCAUGGGAUUUGCAUUGUUCAUGGAAGGCUUUCUCUCGGCAAGCUACCAUAUAUGUCCAAAUAAGGCAAAUUUUCAAUAUGAUACAUCCUUCAUGUAUGCAAUGGCAGUCCUCAGCUACGUUAAAAUCUACCAGUUUCGACACUUUCUUUACAUGAAUGAGCUGAUGGCGUUCCUUCUUCUCGCUCUGGUCCUGACCUGCACCGUGUUUGGUCUUUUCUCAACCAGCUUGGCGUAUAAAAUACUUCUUUCACUCGUUCAUCUUGGGCUCGUAAUAGCCUUCCAGUUUUUUCUUCUCUUCAUCUCAAGAGAUCGAGAUUCACAAUGGGAAGAAGUUCCGACAUGGAAACAGGCUUGGAACGUGCUUUUAGAACUUCUCGGAAUCCAAACCAACAAUGAUCGUCCAAAUCUCCUCCUAAAACACCACCCAAAUAAAUCUUUACUUAUUUGGAGUGUGGCUUGGAAUAUUCUUCUCGUUAUAAACUCUUGGACCUUGGUGUACGGAACUAAUUUUGCCACUCAAGUUCUGUACAUUCUACUAGCGAAUUUAGCGUUGUACGUAGUUUACUACUGCAUCAUGAAGGUAAUUCAUGGAGAAUUUGAAGGUUUCUUCAGUCAUGGUAUACGCAAUCCAACUUUAGGAUGUUGGAUUUACGGAUUUAUUUCACUUUUAUUCUGGAUCCCUGGUCUGUACUUUUUCAUGAACCCGCUAAGCACAUGGGAAUUGUCGCCAGCUAGUUCGAGGGAGAUUAACGAAUCGUGCAACCUGCUUCAUUUUUAUGAUAACCAUGACAUUUGGCACUUGCUGUCUGCGCCGGCCCUCUUUUUUUCGUUUAUGAUGUUUCUCACCAUUGAUGACGGAUUAAUAGGACGCCAUCAUGAAUCGAUACCAGUAUUCUGAGAAGACAUAUGUAGUCCAUUCAUAGCAGGAUACAAAUAAUACAUAGAUAUAUUCACACACCCGGUUAAGAAUACUCAUAAAUAUUUAAUAUUUAUCACAAAUAGUAGACACAAAAAUUAUGAAUGAACAUGAAAAAUAAAUUAAACGUAUGUUUUGCGAGGAUAA